AUGUGGGAGAAUCGCCUAAGUCUCAGGAAUACGUUGGUGGGAAAGAUCACGCUUAAAAGCCACCGUGUCAAAAGUGUAAAAAAUGAUACCGGCCGGGGUCGAACCCCUAAACCCCGCUUUCAAAGGCCGACGCUCUACCCCUUAAGCUAUAAUUCUGGCGGAGUCUCGACUUGUCUUUUAAUUUUUGACCAAAACGAACGAGGACAAUUAGCCAGAGUUACUUUAGCAUUAUACAAAGACUUUUUCCAUUACGCCCGAGUAAGAUCUUCUACAAGUCUCCUUAACGUUUGGAAGCAAAAUAUCAAGAAUCCGUUCCAGGCCGAAAAAAAUUGGAAGAAAGGACAAAUAAGACAAAAACAGAAAAAUAAUUUUCAAAAGUCAAAAAUUUUUUUUAAGGACCCGCUAGACCAUUACCUGAUAUUUGCAAAUGAAAUUAUAAACGAGUAUGAGAAUGCAUGUGUAAAGAUCCAAAAGCAUGAAUAA